AUGGCUCCUUGGGAAGAAGAAACGUUGAAGUCAAACAUUCAUGUUGAGGUUUCCUUCCAAAAGGGACCAGAUUUGCUAUCUCCAUACUUGUUGCCGAACCUGUUGUUUGUGGCUGUUCGAGUUGAUGUGGGAUGGCUAGGAGCAGCCCUACAGCCACUCCUAGAGCGAGUGGUCCUGUGUGAUGUUAUUGACACUCCAGACCAAGCUACAGGUGGAGCUUUUGACCACUUUGUAAGGUAG